AUGGAAAAGAAAAUAAGAGUCAAAGAGCAGUCGAUAGAAAGACUGAAAAAAGAUGUUAAGUCGUACGAAGAGGAAAUGUCGCAGCUGGAGAAAGAAAAACAGAGCGCAGAAGGAAAGGAAGACAACUACUACGUGCUAAGAAUGAUAGAGCAGAGAAGAGAAGAAACAGAAAAGGCGCUGGAGAGCACAAAGGCCAUUCUUGCAAAGACCGAGCAGGAGCUGGAAAGCAUCAAAUAA